CCGUCCAGCGCCCAAGAACCAGAAGCAAAGCAAACUUGCUGGAAAAGAAGCUCUCUCUCGUUGAAGGUGAUCCCGAGUCGACUCGCCCGAACAAACAAAGCGCCGGAGGUUCGAUGGCGGCGGUGGAGAUGGCAAUCUCGAAGCCCUCGACUCUGCCGGGCGUCGACGACCCGGCGUCGUCGGCGGCGAAGGGGAGGGCCGGCGGCGGGGAGGGGCUGCGCCAGUACUACCAGCAGCACAUCCACGACCUGCAGCUCCAGAUCCGGCAGAAGACCCACAACCUCAACCGCCUCGAGGCCCAGCGCAACGACCUCAACUCCCGAGUUAGAAUGCUCCGGGAAGAGUUGCAGCUACUUCAAGAACCGGGCUCAUACGUUGGAGAGGUUGUUAAGGUUAUGGGCAAGUCGAAGGUUCUAGUGAAGGUGCACCCAGAAGGCAAAUAUGUUGUAGAUCUCGAUAAAAGUAUCGAUAUUACAAAGAUAACCCCUUCAACGAGGGUUGCCCUUAGAAAUGACAGCUACAUGCUUCACCUUAUCCUGCCCAGCAAAGUCGAUCCACUGGUUAAUCUGAUGAAGGUGGAGAAGGUUCCCGACUCUACCUACGAUAUGAUUGGUGGUCUGGAUCAGCAGAUCAAAGAGAUCAAGGAGGUUAUUGAGCUUCCCAUUAAGCAUCCUGAACUGUUUGAGAGCCUUGGUAUUGCCCAACCAAAGGGCGUGCUUCUUUAUGGGCCUCCGGGUACAGGAAAAACAUUACUUGCACGUGCAGUUGCUCAUCACACUGACUGCACCUUCAUUAGGGUGUCUGGCUCUGAGUUGGUUCAGAAGUAUAUUGGAGAGGGUUCCCGAAUGGUUCGGGAACUCUUCGUGAUGGCUAGGGAACAUGCGCCGUCGAUUAUAUUUAUGGAUGAAAUAGACUCUAUUGGAUCUGCUAGAAUGGAGUCAGGAACUGGCAACGGUGAUAGUGAGGUUCAACGUACUAUGCUUGAGCUUCUAAACCAACUUGAUGGUUUUGAAGCAUCAAACAAAAUUAAGGUUCUUAUGGCAACAAAUAGGAUAGACAUAUUGGAUCAAGCUCUCCUGAGGCCAGGUCGUAUUGACAGGAAGAUUGAGUUUCCAAAUCCUAACGCAGAUUCCCGUGGUGAUAUCUUGAAGAUUCAUUCAAGAAAAAUGAACUUGAUGCGCGGCAUUGAUCUGAAAAAGAUUGCCGAGAAGAUGAACGGAGCAUCAGGGGCGGAGCUAAAGGCGGUCUGCACAGAAGCUGGAAUGUUUGCCCUCCGUGAGAGAAGGGUGCAUGUUACCCAGGAGGAUUUCGAGAUGGCAGUGGCGAAGGUUAUGAAGAAGGAUACAGAAAAGAACAUGUCGCUGCGGAAGCUCUGGAAGUGAAGCAUUCGGGCUUGCUUCCCAGCUUUGAACGCCAUGCAAUCACUUUAAGCUUAUAGCGGCACUCUGCCAGAUGAGCUGCGAAACUCAAGUAUCUCAAGAUUUGUAACUUGCAAUCUGGCGCAGCAGCCACCAGGUUAAAUUUCUUUAUUGGGUUAUUAUCAAGGGAUGUGAGAUGUAAACCGUUCACCUGCUGUUAAUGUAACUUUUGUCCACUAUAUUUGUACGACGAGCUCGCUUGCGCUCAUA